AUGACCGACAGCAAAAUUACAAUUUGCAAGGACGACACGCGCUGCGAUAACAACUCGCGUUGCAUGCCGGAUCAGGUGAAAAAGGACGGGUCCUACUUUUGCGAUUGUUCGUCCGCGCACGGUAACACGGUCUACAAUGGACGCUCUUGCGAGUUUUCCGCCACGGAAUACUGCACCGAGGACAAGACAAUCAGUUACUCGUCGUACUGUACCAAUGGGGUCUGCGCUGGAGUUUACGAUCCGAUCGUCUCCGGCAUUCAUAUAGGCUGUGUUUGCAACACAGGAUACAGUGGCGAUUUUUGUGAAUUCGUGGUAUCUCCUGAUGAGGGGAAAAGUUCGGGAACUGUUGGGAGUAGUUCCCCGGGAUCGACGAGUACGAACGCAGGUAGUAAGGGUAAUAGCCCUGUGGUAGCUUCAAUGUCGAUUGUUGCGGUUGUCAUUGCGAUAGCUUUGGUUACGUUGUGGGUCUGGAGACGUAAACGUCUAUUCGGACAACGACACGAAGUGCGAAAGGGAAGGUCAAUGGACCCAUCUACCGAUAUGCACCUGGAAGCCGACGGGAGCACUUGUCAAAAGCAGCCAGCAUACACGGUCGAUCGAAUGCGUGUCCAGAAGUCUCCGCUCUUCUCGCUUGUUUGCCCCACUAUCCUAUUAUCCAUCGGCAUCUUUUCGGCAUCCGACUGCUCUGCGUCUUUUACCUCAACAAACUGGCCCAAGCGAUUCAACCUUCUUCACGAUCUUACCAUGCCACCCAAAUCUGGGAAAGCUAUUGAACCAAGUAGUGCCAUGCGCGAACUAAAGGAGACUGUUCGCAAACAAGCUGCCGAAAUCGACACCCUGAAGUUUCAACUAAAACUCUCUGGAGCCGGUCCAAAAAUUGGGUCUGUUGUCCCCCACGGUGGAGGGCACGGCGGAGGGAGUGAAGUAACUCUGGAUGAGCUCACAUCGUAUUUGAACAAGCCCUUUUACCAAAUUGCUAUGGCUCGGGUGGGAUGGUUGAGCCUCUUUUUGGUAUCGCUCUCAUUAACAGCACUCAUCAUGAAUGGAUUUGAGCACACCCUGGCCCGUCAGAUCGAACUUGCUUAUUUUGUACCCCUAUUGGCUGGCCAUGGUGGAAACACUGGUGGCCAAACGGUAGGAACCGUCCUUUCUGCCUUGUCUGCUGGUACUGUGACGACAAACGACGCGGCCAAGGUCAUAUCGAAAGAAGCAAUGUCGGGGCUGAUGAUGGGCAUAAUACUCGGCGCCAUGGUAGGUCCUAUUGCACACUAUGGCAUGGGUAUUUCGCUUCACGUGUCAACUGUGAUUUUCUGCACUUUGCCCUUGGUUUCGACGAUUGCGGCAACCUUGGGAUCGGCCAUUCCGUUUCUAUGUUUAGCCUUGGGCUUGGAGCCUAGUGUUAUUGCUGCACCAGCGAUGACUAGCUUCGUAGAUGUCAGCGGCCUCAUGGCUUACUUCUUGAUUGCCCACGAAAUCUUUUCCUUGUUUGGCAUCGACCUGUAA